UGACUAUUAGACGACCACGCCAUGAGUUUGGCAUACACUUAACAUUUAUUUUCUAUAUUAUCCCUUUUGCUUGCCUUCUUCAAACUCCAAACUUGACCCUCUCAAUUUUCAGACAAGGCAGAAAGAAAGAGAAUGGCUUCAAUCACCUCUUUCUCUUUCCCAUUCUCACCACCAGCAGUACCCAAACGAACACUUGCCGCUAAAUCUCGGUUCUUCAAUUGUUCUCAUUCAUCUUUCUCUUCGAUCGUUCCGCCAUCGCUUACUAGUAGCUUUCAAAGACGCGUGGGGGAAGUAGCGUGCUCAACGACGCCGUUUACGGGAAGAGUUGGAUUGCAGUGGAGAGAUGGCAACAUGUCUCUCUUAUCUUUCUGCGGAGGAAACCAUUCUCCUUACAACUCCGAUUCCUCCUCUCAGGUCUUGUCCGCUUUGCUUCCUUUCGUCGUGGCCCUCACCGCCCUCGCUGCUCUCUCCUAUCCAUCCACUUUCACCUGGGUAUCUAAAGAACUCUAUGCUCCUGCUCUUGGUGGGAUUAUGUUAUCUAUCGGAAUCCAGCUUUCAGUUCAAGAUUUUGCUCUUGCUUUCAAAAGACCAGUGCCGUUAUCUGUUGGCUUUGUUGCUCAGUACGUUCUGAAGCCGCUCCUUGGGGUUUUAGUUGCUAACACCUUUGGGAUGCCGACCACUUUCUACGCUGGUUUUGUCCUCACCUGUUGUGUCGCUGGAGCUCAGCUGUCUAGCUACGCCAGCUCUCUCAGCAAAGCUGAUGUUGCCAUGAGCAUUCUUCUUACUAGCUCUACUACUAUUGCCUCUGUUCUCUUUACUCCUUUGCUAAGCGGUCUUCUUAUUGGAUCCGUUGUUCCCGUUGAUGCUGUUGCCAUGUCCAAGUCUAUACUUCAGGUUGUGCUUGUUCCAGUCACUCUUGGCCUUGUGUUGAAUACUUACGCAAAGCCUGUGGUCACUCUUCUUCGACCUGUGAUGCCGUUUGUUGCUAUGGUAUGCACUUCACUCUGCAUCGGAAGCCCGCUUUCGAUAAAUCGAAGUCAGAUUCUUUCGGCAGAAGGUCUUAGAUUGAUUCUUCCAGUUAUCACAUUCCACGCGGUAGCAUUUGUUGUGGGAUAUUGGUUCUCCAAGAUCCCAGGCUUAAGGCAAGAGGAGGAAGUAAGCCGGACGAUAUCUCUCUGCACAGGAAUGCAAAGCUCGACCUUAGCUGGGCUGCUUGCAAGCCAGUUUCUUGGAAGCAGCCAAGCCGUGCCAGCAGCAUGCUCUGUGGUUGUGAUGGCCAUAAUGGGUCUAUGUCUUGCCUCUUUCUGGGGCAAUGGGCUUCGUAUCAGGGACGUUCUGUCUCUACUAACACCGCAAACUAGUGACAAUACGGCUGAAUCAUGAGCAGAGCCACAACAAACCUGUAAAGCAAGGGAACCACACCUUGAGUAUUCAUCGCAAAUUCUUUCAGGUUUUGGAUUUUGAGGAACAAACAGCAUUUGGGAAGGUAAAGAUUAAGGGUUUUAGAGGGGAUGGUAUAGGUAGUAGUGUAGACGUGCUCACAUUACAUGUAAGUGUUCAUCAGUCAUCAUGUACGUAGUCUACUAAUUCAUGAUAUAAAAAGUGAACGCUUAUAUC